GGUGGGAGUGGGCUCCGCCAGUCCGCCAGUCGGUCGCUCGGCGAACCUCGCUCGGCUCCAGUGCGGAUGCUGGAGCAGCGACAAGAGAAGACGGAUUCAAACAACAACCACACAAAAGAAGAUUUGGCGACAACAAGCCAACGUGUGCGCUCUCCCCUGACUCGGACACGCGCGCGCAGGCGGGGGCCCCUCUUAUGGAAUUGGCCUAUUUGGCCCCCCCCCUCGCUUCCCCUUGUGUGGAUUGUGUGAAUGCUUUCUUUUUCUGCAUCGCAAUCAGCUAGACGUCGGGGACAGCCACCCAGAAGAACGUCCCUCCAAUGAAUGUGUAGCUGAGUCAUGCCUGUGAGAAGCGAAGGGUCGCGAGGGCGGCCCGGCGGACCGCCUUUGCGCUCCCUUGCGUGGCGACCGCUCAUCUGCUUACCCGUCGUCCUCGUCCUGCUCCGGUCGCCCGCCGCCCUGUCGGGGGCGCUGGAGCUGCAGCUGGAUGAGGAGCAGCCGGCGGGCACCGUCGUCGGGGACAUCAGUGCCGGCUUGCCGCCCGGCGAGUCGGCCAGCCUCUACUUCAUCUCGGACCACGAAGGCACGGGCGCGGGCAGCGACCUGAACAUCGACGAGACCACCGGGAUCAUCACCACGGCGCGCCGCCUCGACCGCGAGCGGAGAGACCGCUACAGCUUCAUCGCCGUCACCAUGACGGGCGUCACCAUCCAAGUGGCCGUCACCGUCAACGACAUCAAUGACCACGCGCCAGAGUUCCCCAAAAGCAAAGCUCAUCUCAAGAUACCCGAGCACACGGCCGUGGGCACCCGCUUUUCCCUGGACCCGGCCGGCGACGCCGACAAGGACCAGUUCGCAACGCAGGGCUACUCCAUCCGGGAGGGAAACGUGGGUCAGGUGUUCCGUUUGGAAACCAAGAGGGCGUCCGAUAAGGCGCUGAAUCUGGACCUGGUCAUCAGCGGGCCGUUGGACCGGGAGAAACGUUCGGCUUACACUCUGGUCCUGGAGGCCUUUGACGGGGGCUCGCCCAGGAGGGUUGGUUCCAUGACUCUGGAGGUGGCCGUGACGGACAUCAAUGACCACGCGCCGGUCUUCAACCAGAGCCGAUACCACGCCAUCAUUUCGGAGAGUCUUCCCCAAGGAAGCAGCAUCCUCCAGGUCUUCGCCGCAGACCAGGACGAGGGUGACAACGGCCUGGUCCUCUAUGAGAUCAACCGGCGGCAAAGUGAUCCUGAGCGCUACUUUGUCAUGGAUCUCAAGUCUGGAGUCAUCACGCUGAACAGACCGCUGGACUACGAGCUUAAGCGAGUGCACGAGCUGGUGGUCCAGGCCAGGGACAACGCCAGCCACCCGGAGGUGACCAACACUUUUGUGACCAUUCACGUGCGCGACUACAACGACAACCAGCCCACCAUGACCAUCAUUUUCCUGAGCGAGGACGGCUCCCCGAAGAUCUCGGAGGGCGCCCAGCCGGGCCAGUACGUGGCCCGCAUCUCCGUCACCGACCCGGACUACGGCGAGUACGCCAACGUCAACGUAUCGCUGGAGGGCGGCGACGGAAAGUUUGCGCUCACCACCAAGGACAGUAUCAUCUACCUGAUCUACGUGGACCAGGUACUGGACCGGGAGGAGCGCGACUCCUACGACCUGCGCGUGAUGGCCACCGACUCGGGUACGCCCCCCCUGCGGGCCGAGUCCUCGUUCACCAUCCGGGUGACGGACGUCAACGACAACCCGCCUCUGUUUGACCAGCGGGCCUACAGACAGACCAUCCCCGAGGCGGUCUACCCGGGAUCUUUUGUCCUUCAAGUCACCGCCCGGGACAAGGACCAGGGUCCCAACGGCGAAAUCCGCUACAGUCUCCUGAAGGGCAAGCACUCCCACUCGGACUGGUUCUCCGUCGACGCGGUGACGGGGAUCAUCACCACGGCCAGCGUCCUGGAUUUCGAGUCGGAGCCCUCGCCCAGCGUGACGGUGGUGGCGACGGACGGCGGGCGGCCGCCGCUGUCGUCCACGGCGCGGGUGGACGUGGUGCUGCAGGACGCCAACGACAACGCGCCCGUCUUCUCCAGGAGCUUCUACAACGCCACCAUCGAGGAAAACGCUCCGCCCGGGACCUGCUUCCUACAGGUGUCCGCCACGGACGGCGACCGCGGUUCCUUCGGCGCGGUGUCCUACGCGCUGGCCUCGGGUUCGGGCGGCGCGGCGUCCGCCCACUUUGGCGUCGACAAGGAGAGCGGGCAGCUGUGCACCAUCGCGGCGGUGGACCGCGACGAAGGCCCCGACGCCUUUGAGCUGACGGUCACCGCGACGGACGGGGGCGGCCUGAGCGCGGCGGUCGGCGUGAGGGUGUCCCUGGCUGACGUCAACGACAACCGGCCCGCCUUCUACCCCGUGCUGUACGCGGUCAGCCUGAGUGCGCACAGCGCCCCCGGAACCUCUGUGGUCAGGGUGACGGCCCGCGACCCCGACGCCGGGGAGAACGGGCGGGUGACCUACACGGCGGCGCCCGGGGGAGCUUCCGCCUUCUUCACCCUCAACAAGGACACAGGCGUGAUCUCCCUUUCGCGCUCGCUCCACGGCAAAGCCAACUCAGUCAUCGCCAUGGUGAUAUCGGCCCAGGACGGCGGCGGCCUGAGCGCUCCGGUGGACGCCAGGGUGAACGUGAGCGUGGUGGGGGGCUCCGCGUCGUCGCCCGUCUUCGAGCAGCCGCAGUACUUCUUCACCGUGUCCGAAGAUGUCCUCCGGGGCACGGCGGUGGGAGCGGUCCGCGCCGCCGCCAAAACAGCUCACGCCAAAGACAUCUCCUACUCCAUCUCCUCUGGAGAUCCCGACGGGUACUUCACCGUGGACGGCGCGACGGGAACCAUCCGCACCGCCCUCCCCUUAGACCAUGAAACCUGCCCGAGGCUGGACCUGGAGAUCCAGGCGCGCUUCGGCUCCCCGCCCGCUUUCGGGACCAGUCGAGUGCGCGUUUCCGUCUCGGACGUGAACGACAACGCGCCCGCGUUUCUCCCCUCCUCGUCGGAGUCCCUCCUCCUGCCCGAGGGGGCCAAGAUGGGGACGGUCAUCUACCGCAUUCGGGCCUCGGACAAGGACUCCGGUCAUAACGGUCAGCUGAGCUUCCACCUGCUGUCGGCCGGGGUUGCGGGCGGCAGCGGGCAGCGGACCUUCGGCGUGGAUCGCGGCAGCGGCGAGGUGCGUCUGAUCGGGGCGCUGUCCUAUGAAAGCGUCCCCCGCUAUGACCUUCAGGUGGUGGCCAAAGACGGCGGAGUGCCUCAGCAGAGCUCCACCUUCACCCUGGUGGUUCAUGUCCAGGCGCAGGAUGCGCAGGGCCCCCACUUUGACACCCUGACCUACCGCGUGGAGCUGCGAGAGAACGCGCCUCUCGACACGCGCUUCCUCCAGGUUCGAGCGCUCAACAGAGAGGCCUCGGCCAACGGCGGAAGCGCCUCCUCGUCUUCUGGCAUCUCCUACCGCCUGCGGCCCGACGGCGACGCGGCCGGCUUUGGCAUCGUGCCGGAUAGCGGUUGGCUCUUUGUGCGAAGCUCCCUGGACCGCGAGGUCAAGGACGUGUACCUGUUGACGGUCGUGGCCACCGCCACCCGGGGCGGGACCGGCAGGACGGGAAGCGCCACGGUCAGGGUGACGGUGACGGAUGAAAACGACAACUCCCCCAAGCUGAGCCGGGACAGGGCGUUCCUGGCAGUGCGGGAGAACCUGCUGGCGGGGACGGGCUUCGGCAGGGUGUCCGCGACGGACCGAGAUGCGGGACCGAACGCCCGGCUUGCCUACAGGCUGCUGCACCCUGACAGACACUUUCAGAUCAACUCCCAGACAGGGGAAAUUAGCACUCGCCGGGCCCUGGACCGAGAGCAGCACUCCAGCUUCCGCUUGGUGGUGGUCGUGCAGGAUGGCGGCACGCCCCCCCGCAGCGCCACCGGCACCGCUCACGUCAGCGUGCUGGACGAAAACGACCACGCGCCCAGUUUCGCCCGCGCCCGUCCUGACGCGGAGCUCAUCUUUCAGGUGAACGAGGGGCUGCCCUCUGGCAGCGUCGUAGGCACGAUGUCCGCCAAGGACCCAGAUGAAGGCGAAAACGGCACCAUCCGCUACUCUUUAGCAGGCUCCAGAGUCGAGCGCUUCUCCCUGAACGCCGCCACUGGGGAGCUCCGAACCGCUGCCCCGUUGAGGUGGGCGGAACGUGCCGAGUACACCCUGACUGUCACCGCCGCUGACCACGGGACACCGAGCCUCAGCGCCACCUGCCAGCUGCGGAUACAAGUCCUGAGCUCCGCCACGUCGACCCCGAAGCCCAACGUGCUGUCCGUGGCGAUCCAAGUGGUCGAAGGAACCCCUCCGGGCUCAGUCGUGGGCUCGGUGAACCAACGGCAUGAAGCCGCCGUCCCGGACGGCCGCGUCACCUUCCUGGUGGUGGGCGGGACGGACGGGGACGGGACCUUCAUGGUGGACCGCUUGAAGGGUGACGUGUACCUGGUGCACGAACUCGACUACGAGAAGGGUUCCGAGUACACGCUGCGCGUGGAGGUCUCCGACUUCUCCCGGGCCUUUCCCGGCAGCCAUCUGGUGGAACUGCGCAUUGAGGUGCAGGACAGCAAUGACCAUCGGCCGCGGUUCACGGAAGAUCCCGUGACCAUCGUCGUCCCGGAGAACCUCCAGCCGGGAGCUUCCAUUUACACCUUCCGGGCCGUGGAUGAGGAUGGCAGCCGUCCCAACAGCGAGCUGCGUUACUCCAUGGAGCUCCUGUGGCCGAACAAGGCCGACCCGCUUCAACUGGACCCCGUGAGCGGCGUCCUCACCUUGGGGGAGACGCUGGACCGCGAGACCACUCAGUCUCUCCACAUGGUGGUCCGGGCCACCGACCAAGCGGUGGACCCGGCGCAGAGGCGAUGCGCUUCGGUCACGGCGCAAGUGUUUAUCGCCGACCGGAACGACAACGCUCCCGUCUUCAGCUCGCCGGCGGCCAUCAGCGUGAUGGAGGAUCAGCCCGUCGGCUUUGUGAUCGUGCACGUGAUGGCUCGGGACGCGGACGAAGGGGAGAACGGCCGAGUGUCGUACAGAAUCCAGACGGGAAACGCUGCCGGUCGCUUUAGUCUGAACCCAAACACCGGCUCUCUAUCCAUCUUGAAGGCUCUGGACCGAGAGGAGCAGGAGGUCUUCAAUUUGACGGUGGUGGCGGAGGACGGCGGGACGCCUCCGCUGUCCACCUCCCAGGAUCUCCGCGUACAAGUGAUGGACGUCAACGACGAGGCGCCGGUGUUCCAGAAGGCGGAGUUUGAGGCCCAGGUUCUGGAGAACCGAGGGCCCGGCACCACGGUGCUGACGGUGGUGGCCACCGACAGAGAUCAAGGGUCCAAUGGGCACGUCACGUUCGGCGGGGUGACGGAGGAAGGCUUCGUCAUCAACCCGUCAACCGGCGUCAUCACCACCACCAAGGAACUGGACAAGGAGCUUCGGGAUCACUACGUUCUCACCGUGUACGCCCAGGACGGAGGUCUGCCUCCCAACUUUGCCAAGGCAACGGUGCGGGUGGAGGUCGGGGACGUGAACGACAACGCUCCGGUCUUUGCCCAACCAUGGUACGGCCUGGAAGCGCCCGAGAACCAGGACCCCGUGGAGCUGUGCCUCCUCAAGGCCGGCGACCCGGACUCGGGUGCCGGCGGCGAGCUGGAGUACAGGAUUACCGCCGGAGACCCGGACGGGGAUUUCCAGCUCCACGCCAGCACGGGAGCCCUGUCCACCCGCCGGGGCCUGGACAGGGAGACCAAGGCCGAGUACACCCUGGAGGUGACGGCCACGGACAGAGGGAGCCCGCCUCUCAGCACCGUGGUCACGGUGGAGGUCCGAGUGCUGGACGUCAACGACAACGCCCCCGAUUUUGGCAGGAGUGCCUACAGCGCCGACGUUUCGGAGGACGCCGUCGAGGGAUCGCAAGUCCUGACGGUGUCUGCGACGGACGCCGACGACGACGUGAACGGGAAACUUCUGUACUUCCUGAGCCCCGAGGCCCGCUGCGCGUUUGCGGUGGACGAGCACACGGGCCGCAUCACCACGUCGGCCCCUCUGGACCGCGAGAGGCAAGCGUCGUACAGCUUCCGGGUUUUUGCCACCGACCUUUCCCCGGCGUCGCCCAUGAACUCCUCCGCUCAGGUGACCAUCACCGUCGUGGACAUCAACGACAACACGCCCGUCUUCAUCCAGGACCCGCUGGUCAUCGAGGUAUCAAGCAGGAGGUCCCAGAGGGUUCUGGCCACCAUGAAGGCCGAGGACAAGGACUUCGGGGCCAACGGCUCCGUGUUUUAUCGCUUCGCCGCCCCCGUGAAGGGCUUCGGCAUCAACUCGCUGACCGGAGAGAUCCGGGCCACGCAGCCUCUGGAGACCCUUUCCCAGGCCCAGAGGACCCUCAUCGUGGAGGCCAUGGACCAGGGCGCCCCGGCCCAGUCCGCACAAGGGGUGGUGGUGAUCUACGUCAAGGAGGUGGAGUACGACGGCAUUCGCUUCUCGAGAAGCGCCAGAGACGUCAGCGUACCGGAGAACGCGGCCAAAGGUACGGCCGUGGCCCAGGCUCAGGCCCAGUAUCCAGAUGGAAAUCGCAAGGGGAUCAGCUACAGCAUCUUCAGCGGAAACAGACAGCAGGCCUUCAGAAUCAGCUCGUCCACAGGUGAAAUCUGGGUGCAAAGCUCCAAGGGUCUGGACUUCGAGGACGCUCCCAGGCUACGUCUGGUGGUGAAAGCUGAGACCGUGUCGUCCGCCUCCUUCACCGGCAUCAACUUGAUGCUGCAGGACGUCAACGACAACCUGCCUCGCUUCCAGCUGCAAAACUACGUCGCUUACAUGAGGGAGGCCCGGGGAUAUGAAACGCCCAUCAUCCAGGUCGUGGCCGAGGACGUGGACCAGGGCCAGAACGGUCAGGUGACCUACUCCAUUCAGUCAUCGGCCAUGAGUGGAUUGUUCAAGAUCGAUCCGAUGACGGGGAGCGUUAGCACCACGGCCAUCAUGGACCGCGAGAUCUUCACCCAGACCAAGCUGGUGAUAACGGCAACCGAUAGAGGAAGCCCGAGACUGGCGGGCUCGGCGACGCUGACCGUGAUCAUCGUGGACCAGAACGACAACAGUCCCACUAUUCCCUUGCCGCAAGAAAUCCGCAUCUCCGAGAACACGCUCAUAGGUACCGAGAUCACCCUGGUGACGGGGAACGACGUCGACUCCGGUCCCGCUCUGGCCUACUCGUUGCACUUGGACCCGAGUGCCGCGGGCAAGUUCGGGAUCCAUCGCUACACCGGAGGCGUUUCGCUGACCGCCCCGCUGGACUUUGAGGAGAAGACGUGGUACACGGUCACCGUCAGAGCCACCGACGGCCAGCACCACGCGGAGGCCAACGUCACCGUCCUGGUAGAGGACGUCAACGACAACGUACCGGCCUUCACCCAGGACCUCUACCAGGUGACCCUCGCCGAGCACACGCCAGCUGGCGGCGUGGUCGUCACGGUAACAGCGACUGACAGGGACGCCGGAGAGAACGGAAGGAUCACCUACAGCGUGAUGUCGUCCACUCAGGAGGGCUUCCGCAUCGAUCCCAGCAACGGUUCUUUGUUCAUCAGCCACCGAGCCGAGUUCGACCCCGAACGCCCUUGCGUCAAUGUCGUCGUGGAGGCUCGCGACGGGGGCUCGCCAGCACAUUCUGCCCUCGCCACGGUGCAGGUUCAAAUCGUUGACGUCAACGACAAUGCCCCCGUCUUCCACCAAUCAGAGUACAGGGCGGUGCUUCCAGAGGACGCCAUCCCCGGAGUGACAGUUUUGACAUUCGAGGCCUUUGACAGCGACCUCUCCCGGGAAAACUGCGGCUUCGACUUUGCUCUGGCCAGCGGCAAUGAGGGCAACGCCUUCCAGAUGGAGAGCAGCGUGCGCUUCCUGGAGGGCCGCGGAUUCCAAACCGUGGGAACGCUGCUCUUGGCCGAGGGUCUGGAUUUCGAAGCCAAAGCGCUGUACAACCUCACCGUGGUGGCGUCGGACCGCGGCGUGCCCCAGAGGAGCUCCAGCGUCGCCGCCGUGAUUACGAUCGGUGACGUGAACGACAAUCAGCCCGUUUUCAGCAGGGCGGAAUACGCGGUGGCCUUGAGCGAAGGGGGCGCUGUUACUGGGACAGAGAUCAUCAGACUGACCGCGACAGAUCCAGACUCAACGCCCAAUGCGGAGAUCCAGUAUGCUAUAAGCUCCGGGAACGAGGUUAAUCUUUUCACCGUGGACCAGUGGACCGGAGCCUUGCGACUUCAGCAGGCAUUGGAUCGCGAGCACCGGUCCACGCACACGGUCAUCGUCCGGGCCACGGACGGUCAGGGGCAUUUCGCUCUGGUUCCCGUGGUCGUCGAGGUCAACGACGCGAACGACAAUCAUCCGUUCUUCCCGGUGGACGUCCUGACGGCAAGCAUCAGAGAGAACCGGCCGGCCAAUUCGGCCGUGACGGUUCUCCACGCGAUCGACCGCGACGCGGGAGUCUUCGGCCAGCUGAGGUACUUCAUGGCGGAGCGCUCGCCCGCAGGGAAGGACUUUACCGUGGAUUCUGCCACCGGAGAGAUCAGGAGCAGGAACCCCUUUGACUUUGAGAAAAUCAAUUCGUUCGACUUUGUCGCACUGGCAGUCGAUGCAGGAAACCACUCCGCCACCGUGACGGUGCAGGUGUUUGUCACGGGCGAGGACGAGUACGACCCGCUUUUCACCUCCUCCCAUUUCUCCUUUGAGGUCCCGGAGGAUGCCCGGAAAGGUCAGAGCAUAGGCCGAGUCCAGGCCCGCGACGAGGACGGGGGCGUGGACGGCAUCGUCCUCUACUCGUUCCCGACGAGCUCUCCGUACUUUGAAAUCAACCGAACCACCGGGGUGAUUUUCCUCAAGCUGGACAGCUCGGGGAGCGGUCGCAGCAGCGACAGCGGAUCGGGUCGAGCUAAAAGAGAAACUCGGCUGAUGACUCUGGACGUGAGAGCUCACGGUCCUCUGGACGCAUCUCGCCACGCCGCGGCGCACGUCUCCAUCGACGUCACAAACACGGGCUUCGGCCUGGCCGCCGACGUUAACGUCUUGCUGAUUAUCAUCAUCGCCGUGUCGCUCGGCGUGACUGUUCUGCUUGUGAUCAUGGCGGCGGUGGUGUUUCUGGUCAAGUCGCGCAGGAGGAAGAAAGCCCAGAAUGCGGCAAACAGAAACGUGGCCUCGGGAACCGCCCUGAAGAAUUUAGACAAUUGCGGCUCGGGGCAAGGAGGGGAAGGAAUCUACCACCAGGCCUUGCCGGGCUACGUCGGAGACCAGGUGGGUGGCGGCGGGGGUCCGUAUACCAGAGGAGGGUCUCUAGAUCCAUCCCACUCCAGCGGGCGAGGAUCCGCAGAGGCAGCGGAGGACGACGAAAUUCGGAUGAUCAACGAGUACCCCCGCGUGGCCUCCAUCAGCUCAUCCAUGCAGGAGCACAUCUCGGCCAGGGGGCCGGACUCCGGGAUUCAGCGGGACGCCGACCAGCUCUCGGACGUCUCCUGCGAGCCGGCGGCUUUGGAGGGGAGCGCUUGGCUCAAGGGCAAAAAACUGGGCGGCAGUCUGAGCGGAACUUUGCUCUCUGGCCAGCUCCCGGUCUACAGGGACGAGGGAGGCGGCUACCUGGGAGCGGGCCGGGGACUCAAUAUUUCCCUCCCCAAGGAUUACGCCUUCCCCGAGGACGGUAAACCGUCCGUGGACGGUUCUCUCACGGCGAUCGUGGCCAGCGACGAGGAACUCCGCGGAAGCUACAACUGGGACUACCUGCUCAACUGGUGCCCUCAGUUCCAGCCGCUGGCCAACGUCUUCACAGAAAUCGCGAGACUGAAAGACGAGACGGCCCAGCAGACCCCCAACCCCCGCCAGCCUUUCCAGCCCAAGCCCAAAACGGACCCCAAACCCCGAAUCGACCCCCCGCCGCUCAUCACGUCGGUCGCCCACCCGGGGGCCAUGUCAGUGCCGCCCAAAGUCCCCGUGCUCGGACGGACGUUCCCCCACUUGGUGUCCCUGCGCCGCUCCCCCAUCAGCCACGAGGGUUCCAUUUCGUCGGCGGCCAUGUCGCCCAGCUUUUCGCCAUCACUUUCCCCGCUGGCGACGCGCUCACCCGCCGUCUCCCCUUUCGGCGUCAACCAGGCACCCUCGGCAUCCAUGAUCAGCACCCGCGAGCCCUCGUUGGACCGGAGUCCUGAUCACGAGAUGAGACUAUGAGGCUCACGGAAAAAACGAUCACAUUCUUUUGCGUUUUUUUACACCACUUCCGUGAUCUGACACUCAGCGUGCUGACAGGGCCGCCUCCUGUGGUGUUCACGGCAGGGGGUUCUUCGACUUUUUGGGCCUAGGGACCCCUUACACGGAAGAAAUCUUUCCAGACACUCCGGUCAUGGCAAUUGAAUAUCGAUAGCAUUUGUACCCAGAAAUGCCAUCGGGGUUGGUUUUAUUGGUGCGCCGGUCCCCAAAUCGAGGUAUGCACUUUUUUUAAACAGACUAAUUUAUUGUCCCCGCACCCCAGUUUGAGAACCGCUGGUCGACAGGACCACCCGCUAGAGUUUUGGUGGUGCCUUGCGGCGUUGUGGUUGGUUUCCACGUUCCCUCGCUGGCUGGCCAGAGAGCACCUUGUUUCCGUCCUUUUUGCGUUUCAGCGAUAAAAUCAUCGGGGGGGGGGGGGAAAAAAACAGCUCCAACGGAUUGUUUUGAUGUGCCAGUGUGGGACAGAUAUUUUUUUCCACAUCAACUAUUGAUUUGAGAUUGUGUUUGUGCAUUUGUGUGUUAGGAUGUCUGAAGACUAGGCGAUGUGCAUCUGUGAUUGUUAGCCGGGUAGCACCUCUAGUUGGGGCAGAUUUGCGAAUACGUUAUUUAUACGAACAAAGAGAUGGGCGGGUUUUCUACUUUGUUGUUUAUUCUUGUCAAAUUGCAUAUCAAACCGGUUUCCGGCGGGAUCACCUCUGUGUCUUGACAACGAAAAGUGCUUUCCGCAUUGAUGAUGAUGAUGAUGAUGAUGAUGAUGGUGGCGUUCAUCUCAGCACAAAGGGGAAAUAUGCAAAUUUCACCGCACAUCGCCCAACACCGCAACCUGGCUUAGGGCUUCGGGCCGAGGGUUCGUUGGAACUUGAACACAAACUCAUCAAGCGGUGCAUCUCAUUUGCAAACUACGAUCAUGUGUUUUCUCCAGCCUCCGAAAACAAAGAGCUCGCUCGACCGUACUGUACUUGUAUUUAAAGCAAAUAAAGCUCCAAAAUCAACCCCGCACUGAACCAUUUGGACACAAAGUGGAGUCUGCUCUUUUUCCUCUUUGAUGAAAUUGAAGAACAGCGAUAGCAUUUUUCUGGGAAUGAUGGAGAGUUGAGCUUAUGUCCGGGAUUUCCUCGAUUUUGGCGGCGGGGACGUUUGGCAUGAGCUCAUAGUGAGUGUCUGCGUACCUCCAAAAUGCUAAACACAUGAAAGCGAUUAAUACAGACACGGCGUUGGUGUACUUGAAAUCAAGUGUCCAGUAACAUUUUCAUUCCUCCCCCGUCCCAGCCUCCCACCUGAAAAACCCUUGCACAGCCUGAAGGGGGGUCUGGACCACCGCUCAUCUUUUCAUAUUAAAUUUUAAUGAUCUUUUAUUAAAGUGCUUCACGGGAGAUGCCCUUGACCGUCUGCAGUUUUUUUUUUUUUUUUUGGCUUUGUUUUGUUACCAAAACACAAUCAAAAAUUGGUCACGUCAGUCGCGCGACCUCGAGUAGCAAGUGCUUUGUGGCUGCCAUGGCCACUGCUCAUCACCUACUGGUAUUUGUAAACCGCGCUUAACAACUGUGGCGAUCUUUUAGCAUCCUUUCAAAUGUAACGUGCUCUUUUCAUUCAUGAGUCAUUAGCGUAGCUUCUUUCCCGCUUCUGUGAGUGACGCGGGAAAAAAACGCAUUUCCCUAUUUGCAUUCUUGUCCGUUCUUACGUCCUUGUGGGCGUCAUCCACAAAUGCACACAAAGUCGUUCUCGUCUGUGAGCUUAAAUUCAAGGACGCAUCGGUUGGUGACUUGUGAAGACCUGGCUGGGAAAAUAUCCCAAGGUGCAUUUCGUACCGUGACACAAAAACGUCACCGGAGAAGAUAACGUCCAAUGUCAAAUUCCGAUUCGGAAGAGACUGGCGUAGGAGACGGGCUUUCCCCGUUUUCUUAGCCCGUAGCAUCGUUAGCACUAACAUUAGUACUAACAUCGAUUUUUAACGGCACUUUUUUUUUUUUUUUU